UCGCCCUGUGAGCAAUGAGCGCCCCGGGAUUGGGGACCAGCUUACGGCGGGAUGAGUCCCGGGGAAAUUCAGUUCUUGGAGAGUACUAGAUUCAUAAUGAUUCUAGCGAGCAACAGUUGGCCUAUGAAACAUCUGGCAGGGGCCCCGGACCAUGGGCCGCUUCGGCGGGCAUCUUGACGAGUUUGGGUCGUGCGUAAAGACUGAGAUAUCCAUACUUCAUGGCAGGCCCGGGGUGCGGUGAGCAGGUCGUUCUCGCAUCCUCUCUGGUCCGCCCUGACUUCCACCCAACAAGCCAACUUAAGCAGCAAGCAAGCAAACCGACGCGCGCGUUUUCAUCAAACGCCUUUUCCAUCUACAAGCACAUAAAGCAACAUCGCAUUCAUGUAAGCGCUCUCCUACCUCCUCAACUUCGGCUCUGGAAUGCCCUGAACCUGUCGUCCAUCAUGCUGCAGGUGCGAGGCGUUAGUGGUAACCAAGUACAUCGCCUACCAGAUGGAAGGGCAACGGCCCAAGAUAUUUGAGAGCGGCUGCGACUGUGGAAAAACUAAAUGUCCUUA